GCGGCGGGGAGAGCCAUGGCGGGUGCCGAGCGGAAGAAGCACGUCCGGUUUGCUGCACCGGGACAAGCGGCGGCAACGGCAGCGGGGCCGCGCUUCCCCGCCGCGCCGCGCGCGGAGGUGGCCAUGGUCGGCGGCGGCUGGCGGGGCGGCCGUGGCGGGGACAGAACGGUGCUGCGGUGGUGCAUCUCCGGCGCGCUGUGUGCGGCCUUUCUGGGGCUGGGGAUGAGCAUCGCGUUGCUGGGGCCCACGUUCCAAAACCUGGCCGCUAACGUCCAUAAGAACGUCAGCGACAUCUACUACAUCUUCGUGGGCCGGUCCCUGGGCUACCUGGGCGGAUCGGUGCUGGGCGGGCUGCUCUUCGACUGCAUGAACGCCCCGCUCCUUCUCGCAUUAUCCAUGCUUGGAACAACUGUUGGUCUGUAUGGGAUACCCUGGUGUAAGAAAUCCCUGCUGCUAACUGUCUUGAUGUCAGUUAUUGGAGCUUCCAUGGGAAUUCUAGACACAGGUGGCAAUGUACUGGCACUGAACACAUGGGGAGCAGAGGCUGGGCCUCAUAUGCAGGCCUUGCACUUCAGUUUUGCUGUCGGUGCUUUUGUGGCUCCAAUCCUGGCUAAAAUGGCCUUGGGAGGCUCCGACUCUAAAGACUUCGCAGCUGCUGAAAAGUCAAACCAGUCUGUGCUGAGGUCUGUGCCGACAACAUCGGCUGCAUCUAUUAUGUCAGCACUGAGAGACCGUCUGGGUGCAGAUUUUCAGUGGUCCUAUGUUGUCAUAGGCACCUAUCUUCUGUUAGUCUCUUUCUUCUUUUUUAUCUUGUAUUCAAAAGGCAGCUCAGCUCGGGACAAAUCCAAGGCCUCUCUGCAGAAGUGCGUGUUUGCCAAAUACCACUCUGCACUUAUCAGUCUCCUGUUUGUGUUCUUCUUCUGCUACGUGGGAGCGGAGGUCACGUAUGGCUCCUACAUAUUUACUUACGCAAAAGUCUUUGCCGAGAUGAAAGAAAAUGAAGCGGCCGCUUUGAAUUCUGUCUUCUGGGGCACGUUUGCCGCUUGCAGAGGAGUGGCGAUAUUCUGUGCUGCUUGCUUGUACCCCGGCAUCAUGAUCCUGGUGAGUAUCAUAGGCUCUGCUGUCUCCUCUUCGUGCUUGGCCUUCUUUGCGAGGUCCCCAGCCUUGCUCUGGGUUGGAACUGCUGUGUAUGGAGCAUCAAUGGCCACCAUCUUUCCCAGCGGCAUUUCCUGGAUAGAGCAGUACACGGUGGUGCAAGGGAAGUCGGCUUCUCUGUUUGUGACUGGUGCCGCGCUGGGCGAGAUGUGCAUCCCUGCUGUGGUGGGCUAUCUUCAGGGCAGGUUUCACCAUGUCCCUGUGGUUAUGUACACCGCCUUGGUAACGUCUGCAGUCACUAUGGUGCUCUUCCCUCUCAUGUACAAAUUGGCCAACUCUCCCAGAGAGAGCAGCUUGAAAGAAAGGAGUGAGAGUGAGGACCGGAAAGCUUUGUUGUCAAAUGUGGGGCUUAAUGAGGAUGAAGAGGAUGAGGAGGAUGCGGGGGAGUGGAAUGAAGCAGACUUUGAGGUAAUAGAAAUGAAUGACACGCUGAGAAACUCUGUGAUAGAGACCUCCCGUAAGAUACCAGGGGACUCUCCAGCCAAAGUCUCUCUCCAUCCCCGGCUGGACAACGUGUUGUGUGAUUCCCCUGUGGUUGCUGGUGGCUCCCCUGGGAGGAAAAAUGUGAACACUGACCGGGAGAAGAACGACUGAAGUAAAAGGUGACUGUUUUUAAAGAGAAAUGGAACUGAAUUGCAGCUAUUGUUGUAGAGUGGUUCAAGACUCCUUUCACAGUGGUGCAGCGCUCAGCAUGUUCGUCUCUUUCAUUUUCAGCCUGCAUUGAUGUGGCUCGGAGUGGGGAAGUCCACAAUGACAUGAAUGGGGUGAUGACAUAAAAUGUAGAGACUGUGCCAAAACCGUUAAAACAUAAAGAGAUGUUUUCUAAAUGUGAGGCAUGUAUUGAAGUAGUGUGUGCCGAAAUAAAAACUAGCAAGGAAAGAAGGGGACUGCUCACACCACUCAGGUUGUUUGGGGUGGGUCCAGAGGUGCUCAGUUCCUGGUCGCAAAACAUUUGCAUGAGAGAGGAGAGAAAUCCAUUACCUGUGAUGCUGAACCUUGUUACCUUGUGACAGGGGAAUGCUUCUACUGCAUUGAAAGUUUGUGUGUGGCGUAAACCAGGAAAUCAAGUCAAAUUUCAUGCUGCAAACUGGGUAACCUGUUGGCAAAGGAUAUACUUUCCUGGUUCUGUCACUAAGAUGGGGUAAGCCCCCUGAAAACCAAUUGUCAGGAGCAGAGAAGUAUGCCUUUGGGUCAUUUAAAAGUGUGGUAUGGGAAGGGAGACAAAAUGGGUCCUAUUAAUCACUGUAAUGCGCAAUUCUGAUUUACUCGUUAAACAGUGGUGGCAAAUCUCAAUAGUCUGAAGUACCUGUGAUUGUAAUGACUGCACUGCCACUGGAAUCAACCAGUGUACAAAGAUGAUAAAAUCAUCUGUACAUGCAGAUUACUUAAUAGAUGUUAUUGAGAUAGGGAUGUGGUAUUUUAAGCCAGUUGUUGAAAUUAAGGUUCUAAUAACUUUUCUGACUUCCUGUGCCAAGACUUUAUUUAUCAAGGGAUGUGUUAAAAUGAGGAGACUGAGGGAGUUCUUGAUGGGAGGAUCCUUCUGGGUUGUCCUGUACCAUGAUUCCUCACCCCUUUCCAGUUUGGAUUUUGUUUCUUUGAGUGGCAAUUUACAGGUGGACACUUCCUAGCAGAGCAGCAGCAGGAGUCUGUGAGGACGGAGACCCCAGUGGUGAGCCCUCACCAGAAGAAACUGCAGCAGCUCAUGGCAGACUGCCUCUGAACAGUCUGUUUGUCUACUUGAAGCUCUCUACAUUUGUAGGUUGAGUAUUGGUUUUUCUUAAGGCAGUGUGAUCAGAACGUGCUCAUGUUUAGGGUCUUUUUACUUUGACUUUUAAUAGUAUUUUUCUUGCUAAAAGAAGUUUCACUUAUUAAUGAAGGAGCUGUAGAUGUAACAGCACAGGACUGCAGGUGUUCUGUGUACUUUCAGGCCUGGUUUUGUACCCUCUCUCAUCUCCUGAGUGUACAACCUGGAAUCUUGCGGCUCUUUCCUUUCUUCUGCAAAGUUUGUAAGAAGCAGGAAUCAACCUGUAGUGAAAAUGCACAAUUGUCUUGCAUCUUGCCGUGUCGCAGGGCCUCCCUCUCCCUCUGCUGUCAGCACUGAAAUGCCCUUGUGUUUUUUCCCAGUUUCCCUUUUACCUUGUGUGUUUAUGUGCACUUCUGUGGCAUCUUACCCAGUGCAAUGCAUGAACCUGCACUUAAAAUAACCCUUUGUUUCCCUUGUUAGGCUCUUCUUUGUUUAAACUAAUGGUAAAUGUUUUUCAGUGUAAGGCCAUCUCCUGGCCUUGGUACAUGCGAGACCAUUUGUUCAACAGAAGCAAGUCUGUGUCACCCUGUGUCUUUUGUUUUAUAUGACAGCAAAUGGCACAGGGAGUGACUACACAAGUGCAAUGAAGCCCGAGUGGCUUCAACUUUUUCCCCUUUUUUCUGCUGCAGUAACUGCUUUGUGUGUAGAAAGUGGGAGGUGUUACCUGAUGGAAAGUACAGGUCCCUCUGGUGCAUGGGGGGAGUGUGAACUGCUCCUGCUCUGCUUUUGG